AUGCAGCCGUCGCUCUCUCGCGCAAAUGUUCUCAUCCUCGGGUCCAGUUCUGUGCAAGCUCUCGUCCCGUCUACCCUGAUAGCACAAGCGGACGCUCUGCUCGACGCGCACAGACUGGAGGAUGUGGCAGACCUCGCCGACCAGCAGCGCAAGAAGCUCCAAGCCAUGGCCCACGUCGACCAACACGAGACGGAGGAGCUGUGCUAUGUCUACCAGCGGCUCGGCUUCCAGUGUCUCACCGAGACGCUCUUCGACGACGCGGGGAGGCAUCUCUUCGCGGGCGAGCUGGACCCGCGGGUGCUCAUUAGCUACUACCCCGACCUGCGCGGCGCGAUAUUCGGCGACUUCGACACCGUAGACGUGUUCGCCGGAGUCGCAGAGCAUAUGCCGAGGGAGCAGGCGAUAGACGAUAUCAUUGCUGCAAACUUAGUCAGGAACUACUCCCCGCACCUCGCGCCAAACACGCGCACCGCGGCUCCGACGAUCGAGCUGCGCAACAUCCUGAACAUGACCGCGCGGGACAUGCUCGAGGCGUAUCUGCGCAAGUGGCGGCGUAAGGCGAAGCUGGAGGACGCCAGCUGUCUCGGUACGCGGCCGUGCAUACGCUGGCUUCUGGGACUGACGCUGACAUCGAUCGCUCACUCGCUGCAGGCCGUGGACACCGUCCUCGCAAAGCUGUACGCCGCACAUGACAAGAAUAGCGAGCUGCACGAGCUGCUCAGCCAGGAGAACUACAUCGUCCUCACCGAGAUUGAGCCUGUGCUCCAGCAGACCCGCCGGUACAACGCACUGUGCAACCUAUACCAGCAGAGUGGGGACGACGCCAAGCUGCUUGAGUCGUGGGCGAAGCUGGUUAAUGGGGAGUGGACCGCCGGUGAUGUUCCCGACCCAUUAUCAAAAAUGUUUGCGCUGCUCAGCGAGAAGCGAGAUCGGGCGCUGAUCCAGCAAUGGGGGAUUUGGUUGACAAAACGAGACCCAGAUCGUGCGCUGAAGCUGCUCAUGUCUGUCAAUUCGGGCAAACGCACCCCCGAGGACGACCGUUCGCUCCUUCAGCAGCUUCACGAUGCAGAUGCCUCGGCCGGGCAGCGGUAUCUCGAAUACCUCGUGCUCCAAAAGCGCAGCCUCGACCCAGAGCUUCACAUGCAGCUCGCGAUGUCAUGUGUCAAACAGCUUCUCAACUGUCUUUUGAACGAGUCUACCGUUAAACUCUGGCGAGCGAAAGCAUCAUCGUACUCGUCGAGCAGAAACGACUCGUCAUUCCUGUCCUAUUUCGCCUCCACUACACCGGACUCGGUGCAGACGCGAAUGCGGCUCCAAACGGUCCUGUUCCUCCAGGGCUCUCCUUUAUAUAACCCGCAAGCCAUCCGCGACCGCCUUGUUGAGCACCAGAAGAUCCUACGAUUGGAGCUAGCUAUCUUGGAUGGCAAGCUCGGCGAACAUCGCGCUGCAUUGACGUCCCUUGUGCACGACCUCAAAGAUACCACUUCAGCUGAGAUAUACUGCACUCUUGGCGGCGAGGUUGUGCCAGCCAAGACAGCACAGUCGCUGGGUGAGCGAUUCAGUCUCCAGGCAUGGGCAUCGUUGCUGGUCCCGACGAUAUCGGGCAAACAAAGACCUGGCGCUGUACCGAUGAGCAGGCCUGUGACUGUCGACAGUGACCUCAAGAAGAGCCUUAUACGGAUACUGCUUGAGGUGUACCUCAGCGAAGGCGAGGCUGCCGCGGAGCGUACUGCACGAUUCCUCAAUGCACAGGCCAUGAACCUGGAUGUCCUGGACGUGGCGUCUCUCAUUCCACCAGAUUGGCCACUGCGCAUAUUAUCGACGUUUGUGGCCCGUUCUCUCCGUCGGACGCUGCACGCAAGACAUGAGGGCCAGAUCGUCAAAGCGUUGUCUGCCGCAGAGAACUUAGUUGUUGCCGAGCGGACAUGGCUUGUCCAGCGCGAAGAAGGGGCCAUCAUCGAGGAAGCCGCGGACGAUGAUGAGGCUGACGAAGGCCUUGCGGACGAGAAGCUGGACGAAAAGGGCGUGCCCAUGUCCUUCGACGAGAAGGCUUCUUUGCGCGCGACAGGCCUCGUCAAUGGCACGCAUGGCGAAGACGAAGCUGUGGAGAUCGACCCAACGCAUAAAGAGACGAACCUUCGGACAAAUCUAGAUACAGGCACGGAGACCGGUACAUAG